AUGUCAAGGGAGAACUCAGAGAGCCCACAGUACUCGGCUCAGGGUCUCUCAUCCAUUCCCGAAUCACCUCGCUUACGGGAGUCAUGGCAGUCUUUAAAGACGCUGUCGGACUCUCUGGAGCAGGGCAACGGACCAUGGGCAACACUCGACCUGAUCCGAUAUCACUCGAAGCUCAGUCGCUCGGCACGCACCGAUAAUCCAUUCGCAGACCCGAGCGACUCUGUGGAGCUCAUAGAACACACGGGGAACCAGAUCAAGCAGACAUAUCAGUCUCUGGCUGAUUUCAUUCCCGAGAAACCAGAAGCAGCUCUACGGGUCACAAGUGUGGACAGGUAUAUCUCUCACGAAUACCUCAAGGAAUUCGUCAGCGACUUCAGUCUUCCCGUCGAAGCUCAAGGCACCCGAAAGCCAGUCAUCUCCAUUGCCCUACCAAAUGGCCCACUUUUGGCUGCUAUGUGCAUGGCUGUCACUGCUCACUACAUUGCGUCGCCGGUGAACCCCGCCGCAGGGUCGCAGCAAUUUCAGGCGGACGUCCUUCAAGCUGGCGCAAAGUGCAUUCUCACAACCAAUGAGGAUUAUGUGAAGCUCGAACUUGAGGAAGGGUGGACUAAAGAGAACGAUAUCCUCGUGCUGGUGGUCGAUCUGGACGAGGACAUGAGAAUCGCUAUUACAACCACAGAUGGUACCCCUGUCCCUGCUCAGGAACCCGCGCCUCCAAAUCAGCCCGACGAUAUUGCUCUGAUUCUGUUCACAAGCGGGACAUCCGGGACGAAGAAGGUGGUUCCAAUAACGACACACUCAAUCGUUGCUGGUGUUGCCUUUGUUAUUGAGUCCUGGGCGUUGACAGAGGAUGAUGUUUGCCUGAACAUGAUGCCGCUGUACCAUGUCGGAGGUCUUAUCCGCAACAUAUUCGCACCCAUCUUCUCUGGCGGAUCGACUGUCUGCUGCCCAGCCUUCGACCCGAACUGCUUUUGGGAUGUCGUCGAGACAGGGCUGCCCACGUGGUAUUAUGCCUCGCCGUCAAUGCAUUCCUUGAUCCUUGCGGAGUCGUUGCAACGUCCUCAAGCCCUAGAGAAAGCCGAGAUCCGACUCGUAUGCAACGCUGCCGGCGGACUAUUGCCAUCUCUAGCAACACAGAUCCGCGAUACUUUCGAUUGCGUUGUCUUGCCGAGCUAUGGUAUGACCGAGUGCAUGCCCAUCUCGACGCCCCCCGUCGACUACAAGCUGGACCGCCCUGGGACAUCGGGUAUCACUGCUGGCCCUGAUAUGAAGAUCCUGGACCAUGACUUUGUCACUGUAGCUUCAGGGACAAUUGGCCGUAUCUGUAUCCGUGGCGCGCCGUUAUUUCCAGGCUACCUUCAACCGGAUGGGACAAUUGAUACUUCAGCACUGAACGAGGAUGGUUGGUUCGACACGGGUGACUUGGGUUACAUGGACGAAGACGGCUACUUGUACAUCACCGGCCGCAGCAAGGAGGUCAUCAAUCGUGGCGGCGAGCUGAUCUCUCCUUUUGAGGUGGAAAACGCCAUCGUUGCAGCCGCGCUCAAAUCCGACUCUCCUCUUCAUGGUCGUGUCGAGCAGGCACUUGCCUUUUCAGUUCCGCAUGAUGUGCUCCAAGAAGUCGUCGGCGUGGUCCUAGUGACACCUAAGGAUCUACCCCGGGCAGACCUGAAGCUGCUGCACAGCUCGCUUAAGUCCAGUCUACAGUCGGUGAAGUGGCCCACUCUCGUUGUCUAUAUGGAUGAUCUUCCCAAGCGAAACAACAAAGUCAUGCGAAUCAAGCUGGCCGAACGACUGUCGCUACCAGGUCUUACGGACGAUUGGCCAUACAUUCACAGGCAUUGGGAGGCUGUGUGUCCUCCCCCAGACACAGAAUUAUCCACACCAAUCGAGUGUGCUCAGUGUCCUGUGGAUCUGGAACACCUCUUCAAGGAGAUCAGCAGCAUAAUGCCUGAUGGGACCGCUUUCUGUUUGAGAGCGAUUCCGGAGGAUCGGAGCUUGCAAGUGGUCAUGGCUCCAUCAAGCCAAGAAAAGCCACCUCUGCAUGACAAAUUACCAAAUUACUUGAGAGACAGGCUCGUUGCGAACAUUGCCGGAUAUAUUGUACCCCAAAAGAUACAGUCUCUACCGACUCCGCUCCCGGUUGACUCAAAUGGAAACGUCGACGAUGAUGCCUUGCAGAAAUGCCUCGAGGAGCUUCAAGCGUCUGCCUGCGACGGUCAAGGAGACUCUUCGGUCGUUGGCACAGUGACCAAGGCAUUUGCAUCGGUUCUGAAUUUGACCAUCAGUGAUGUACCUGCCGACGGAGACUUUUUCGACCUGGGAGGGGACUCCCUGAAAGCGGGACGCUUGCUCUCUGUGCUGCGAGCAGAGUUCAACGUACACAUUCCCAUCGACGCAAUUUUCCAGAACAGUUCCCCCAAGACCAUGUCCACUGACAUCCUUGAGCGGCUGCCCGAUGACUGGGACGCAACCACACAGGGUUCCAAGGAAGAGACAUUUAUCCCAGAAGGUUGCGAAGAGACCUUCUCAUCGAGACGUCCUCUUCUUAUGGCCUUGCAACUUUUGCCCAUGAUUGUCUUCUACCCAACACGCCGCGCCGCACAGUGGACCAUCUUCAUGGUGUUCUUAGCCGCGACGCAACAGUGGCGCACCACGCAAUUCGUCCCAGGGCGUCUCUUCAACCUCACGCUCGCGAUUCUUGUCGCUCGCCUAACAACCAAGGCAUUCGCGCCGUUUUUCGGCAUUGCAGCAAAAUGGCUCAUCGUCGGCCGCUACAAGGAGGGCAUAUACCCCAUGUGGGGGUCCUACCACACGCGGUGGUGGCUCGUCCAGAAGAUCGUGGACAUCUGCGGGCACGGGCUCUUCGCGCAGACCAAGUUCACCAAUACGUUGUACCUGCGGUUGAUGGGCGCCAAAAUCGGCCGCAAUGUCUCGCUCAAGGGCGUCCAGACCGGCGAGUGGGACCUAAUCCAUAUCGACGAUGACGCGGUCCUUGAGAACUGCACCAUCAGGCCGUUCGCAGGCGAGCGGAACACCACGAUGUAUCUUGGGAAGAUCCGUAUCGGCCGCAAUGCCUGCGUGGGCAUGAAGUCCAUCGUUGCGCCGGGCACGUCAGUCCCGGACAACGCUUGCAUCGGGGCGAACAGCUCGAGCUGGGAGGUCGAGGACGCUGCGGACGAGGCCAACCGCGAUCUCCUUGUUAGCAAAAUCCCUGGAGUGCACUGGGCUCUCGAGUGGCUCGUGACAAAACCAAUGGUCAUAAUGGCUUUCGUCGUUAGCCUGAUGCCGUGGUACGCUGGGCUUCUCGGCCUGGUCAUCUCAGAACCCGUGAAUACCAACAAUCCUUUGUACAGCAUCCUCAUGUGGUUUGCCGCAACACACCGUGUGGGGUUUCACUACCUCGCACUUGUACUGCGCAUGGGUCUCAGCCCUUUCGUCCUGUUUGGUUUCACACUUGUCGUUAAGUGGACGCUGGACAUGGUCUUUGGUAUCUUGGAGCCCAGUCCUGCCAAGGGUAGAAGUGAGCUCCAGAAGUGGAGGACAAGCAUAAUCAAGAACCUGUUUAGCGUCAAAAGCCUCCACGACAUGACAGAACUCACGGGGCAGCAUUAUGAAUUCACCUCGAUCGCAUUGCGGAUGCUCGGUGCGAGGGUCGGACGACGAGUCUAUUGGCCAGGGACAGGGCCCUCAAUCGGAGACUAUCAUCUGCUUAAUAUUGGCAACGAUGUCGUCUUUGGGUCUCGGGCAAACCUCGUCACCUCCGACGGGAUCGGAUCCGAGCCUAUCAAGAUUGAGGAUCGUGCUAUGAUUGCCGACCGAGUCACGCUGCUGCCGGGCGUAGUGGUCGGCGAGAAGACCACCAUGGGAUCAGGUGCACUCACGAAAAGGAACGGGUACUAUGCGGAUGGUAAUACCUUCGUCGGAUCCAAGAAGGGCGACGCAGUGUGUCUCGGCGCCGGCACCACGCCUCCUUCGUCGCGCAAAGGAAGCCGAGUCCCAGAUUCACUCAGUCUCUCAUCAGCUACAACUUCUAAAAAAGAGGUAGACAUUGAAUCGAACUACAGAGACGCCAGCAAUUUUUUCUCUGUCGACCUCAAAUCUAGAAACAACUCCAGCGGUCUAGACCCCGAGGAUACUUCACCAUUCGGCCGCGCAUUUUACCUCAAAAAAGCCCCAUACAAAGUCUACGGCCUAGGAAGGAUCAUCCUCUACAGCGCAAUAACCACCAUCAUGACCGCAGUCUACUGGAACGUCCCCUCCAUUUCCUCGAUUCAGAUCGUUGCCCGCAUCUUCCACGACCAGCACCACUUCCUCGGUCGCGAGCGCUGGUUCGAUGCGCCUAUCAUGUACCUCCUCUUCUUCGCCUUCAUUGCAAUCCUGACCACGCUGCAGACAAUAGUCGCCCUUGCAGUAGUGAUUGGCUCCAAGUGGAUCUUGCUCGGAAGGAGGCAGCCCGGGAACUACGACUGGGACAAGUCGCCGUACUGUCAGAGGUGGCAGCUGUACCUUACCAUUGAGAAGCUACGACGGUAUUGCUUCCGUGGCCAUGGCAUCCUAGGCAUGCUGACUGGGACGCACUGGUUGGUGAUGUACUUCCGUGCAUUGGGCGGCAACAUCGGCGAUGACUGCGCGCUGUUUGCCAACGGCAGGCCCAGUCUGAUGUUCACCGAGCCCGACCUCAUCACCAUUGGCGACCGUACAGUCGUUGACGAUGCAAGUGUAGUGGCACAUAUCAACACCAGGGGCAAGUUCGACCUCAACCGACUGGAGAUCGGAAAUCGCUGCCUUCUGCGCUCUGGCUCCAGACUUCUCAGCGGCGCCAUGAUGCGAGACGACUCGGCACUUCUAGAACACACUCUCGUCAUGGGUGGUGAUGUAGUUGAGAAGGGCUGGACAAUGCAGGGGUGGCCAGCAGGCAGGUUCCACGGGCGACGGAUCAGUCUCUCUGAGAACAAUGAGAACAGGGAUGUUACAAAGAGGAGCAGCACCGCUGCAACCAGCCGAACAGAUUUGUCUAAUAUGGCAGGUGAAAAGAGGUCAUAG